AUGGCUUCAAACAAUAAUUUAGCAGUGCUCCAAGCUCUUGACACUGCUCGCACGCAAUGGUACCAUAUAAAAGCUAUUGUCAUCGCUGGCAUGGGUUUCUUCACAGAUGCCUAUGAUCUCUUUUGCAUCACCGCCGUGUCCAAACUCUUGGGCCGCCUUUAUUACUAUGAUCCUGAUCAUAGCGACAAUCCGGGAAAGCUCCCUCAAAACGUUAACAACUUUGUUACUGGCGUAGCCUUAUUUGGAACUCUUAGCGGCCAACUGGUAUUUGGUUGGCUCGGUGACAAACUAGGUCGCAAAAAGGUGUACGGGAUCACUCUCAUCCUCAUGGUGAUUUGCGCCAUUUGCUCGGGUCUAUCGUUUGGGUCCACCGCGGAAUCUGUGAUUGGAACACUUUGUUUCUUUAGAUUUUGGCUGGGUUUCGGCAUUGGUGGCGACUAUCCUCUUUCUGCCACAAUUAUGUCUGAAUAUGCUAACAAAAAAACCCGUGGCGCAUUCAUUGCCGCCGUUUUUGCCAUGCAAGGUGUGGGGAUUAUAUUUGCUGGGUUAGUCUCCCUGAUUCUUUCAGCAAUCUUCCUUAAGCGCUACCCAGCGAAGUCAUUCAAGGCAGACCCAAUCUUCUCCACUCAACCUGAAGCGGAUUUUCUAUGGCGGAUUGUGCUGAUGUUCGGUGCCUUACCAGCUCUUUUAACAUACUAUUGGCGGAUGAAGAUGCCCGAAACUGGUCGUUACACUGCCCUUAUCGAAGGAAAUGCCAAACAAGCGGCGGCUGAUAUGGGUCGGGUCCUUGACAUUGAACUCGACGCAGAAGCAGAAAAGCUUUCCCAGUUCAAGGCGGCAAACCAGUAUCCAUUACUGUCCCAUGAGUUUUACAUACGCCAUGGGCGCCAUUUGUUAGGUACCAUGAGCACAUGGUUCUUGUUGGAUAUUGCUUUCUACAGCCAAAACCUAACCCAAAAGGACAUUUUUCCCGCUAUGGGCCUCACCAAAUUGGCUCCUGAAAUUAACGCUAUCGAAGAAGUCUACGAGACCUCACGAGCCAUGUUCAUCGUUGCUUUGCUCGGUACAUUCCCAGGUUACUGGUUCACCGUCCUUUUCAUAGAGAAGAUUGGCCGCUUCAUCAUCCAACUAGUGGGCUUCUUGAUGAUGUCCAUCUUCAUGCUUUUGCUGGGCGUCAAAUACGAAUAUCUCAAGGAAGAAAAUAAGUUGUUAUUUGCAGCUCUCUAUGGGCUAACGUUCUUUUUUGCCAACUUUGGCCCCAACAGUACAACCUUCGUGCUCCCCGCCGAGCUGUUCCCUACCCGGGUGAGGUCUACUUGUCAUGCGCUGAGUGCAGCGUCUGGGAAGGCUGGGGCCAUGAUUGGGGCUUUCGUGGUUCAAUCAUAUACCUUGAACCAAAGUGUCAGCAACAUUAAGCGUGCCCUCAUGGUUUUGGCCUUCACAAAUUUGUUGGGAUUCUGCUUCACAUUCCUGGUGCCAGAAACUAAAGGACGGUCUUUAGAAGAAAUUUCAGGCGAGGAUGGCGGCGCCCAGAAUGAGACUCAGAUGGCAGCCAGGCGAUCGGUUACUAUGCAAGGAAGCGGCCGCUUGGAAGUUAUUUGAAGCAAUAGAAGGGUAAGUUAUUAGCUUUGGAUGAUGAUCAUACGAUUAGCAAGCCAGUUGUGAAGUGCGAAGAUAUAAAAACACAGUUGAAUAAGUAGGCCAAAGGCGACAGCCUUUUGCCUUGUUUUUGUUUGGGUUUUAAUUUUUGCCUGUCUAUGAAUAAGAACCGCAACCGUUGUUCUCUAGGACACUGUACCAAAU